AUGUGCCGUGAGGACGACUUCCCCAGUGUUGACGUCUCUCGCUCUAGUCGACUGUCCGAGUCUCGCAACCAACUUAUGAUGGGAUUGGACGCAGUGGAUGGUGCGGCGUAAGAGCCAAUAAGAUGAACAACUACAAGCAUAGACGGCGGUACUUGUGAGCCGACUCCGCACUCUUCCCGGUCAGCGCAUGUGCCAAGUCAUCCAGACCCCACUUCGGUCGACUGAAUCUGUUGUGCAGCUCCUUGAACUGUAAUGCACCGCGAAUAAAUGUUGCAAGACAAGUGCGUGUAGAGGAGAUGAAUGUGCUGGUUAGCUGGGUUUAAGUCUAGGACAUGGUGGUUUUCAAGCCCUAAGUUGCAUUGAUGUAAGGUAGGUCCAGAUUCAUUCGCCGCCAUCUCCCCUGCCUAAAAUUAGCCCCUUCACUUUGCUGGACCUAGGCUGGAGUUAAAUUCGUUUGUAGUUUAAGACUGACGACUAGGUAUGUGAGCUAAUGCUUGGCAUUUUGACUAAGGCCAGUCAUAAGGUUCAGUGUUAGGCCCUAUAUUUUGAAUGGUAGGGGGCGCUCACCGAUCGUUCUUAAGGAACUCACUCGUUCCGUUGUGCCUUGCGGACUCUCUCUCGAUCCCAACCAGCAGCCGCACAGCGGCGCAUGAUAUAGACAGAAUGGCAUUACCGACAAAUACCAGUCUCCCUUGUUUUUGUCGGUAAUGCCAUUCUGUCGGUAUAUUUUUAAUUCAAGCCUGAGUACAAUGUUGGCGUUCUUGUUUGCCUAUGCCAUCGGUUGGUGCUCAUACCGCCAACUAUUUGCAAUUUCGUUUACCCGCAAGUUUGGGUCCUAGAGGGUUGGGGGUCAUUCUAAGGGGGGAAGUGACGACAGGGGGUGCAUAUGCACAAAUAACAUAAAACACUCCCCGUCAAAAUUCUGAGUGAGACACCGUAGGUUCAAACGAUGCAAUCUAGGCCUUACUAGUCCGGAAGCAUUUCCAAAACACUGGAAGAUGUCCGAGAAUCACGAUGGAGGUGUUUUCCACCUAACUUGAAACAGGAUGCGGUAAGGAACAGAUCCCAGUCGCGGCAGUUUACCUCAUCGGAAACGCUAUCCACCCAAAAUUUGGCUUCCGAAAGGGCCACCAUCAAUUCUGUUUUCGUCCAUACUAUAAACGCCUGCACGAAUUCGCUUUCGUGGGACAAAAAGCCAGCCAUUACAGAAUUGAGUUCUUACUCUUUUUCCCUAGCCAGAGCAUAAGUCAAGAUGGUCACCAGUAUGCAAACUAAGCAGACUGCGCAGGACGGCAAUGAUAUAUCUCAUUCUCGACCGUUGCUACCAUGACAAACUAAAAAAGGAAUCUACUCAGCAUUCGGUAUCACGUAGGGCCUGUUUGACUAGGGCAAAGCAUUCUGGCCAGCGCAGUAUCCGCCAAGCAAACUUCCUUCACCCACCUGACCCCAAGAGCAAGACAAUGAUGAAACAGCCAUCGGUGGGUGCGAACACAGGCGAUGACAGAGCUAAGCAACCCGGCAGUGUGCCACACACAGUUGGGUUCGCACUCAACACACCCAGCCCUUGUAGGGGUGAUUCGGAUCUCACACGUGCGCGAACGUGCCGCAAAAACCACAUAAAACACUACGCCACACCAUGGCGUCCAGUGACGGGCAUCGCCAUCCCGAUAGUCAAAGCCAGACUUGGCCAAUUUGUAGGCUUACAGGUAGCAGAUGCAAGAAAAUGCCCAGCAUUCUGUCAACAAUGGUUCCGCGUAUCAGCAAGGCCCGAGUUGGUGCGGUCACACUGAGUGCGUUAUGCUUCGCCAUCGCUACAAGUCAAAGCAUUGCAACGUUACAUGCCGCUUGGAUUCCAAGAGAAGGAGGGUAGGGUGGUUAGUUAAAUUUCGCCCUUCCCACUCCGCAUUUCCACAAGAACUCCAGCUUAAACUAAUCAUUCCAAGUAAAUCCAAACAGUUCUCUGACAUCACAGCUUUGACCUGUAGUUCAAGUAGACAAGGCACAAGUAAGUGGCAACCUCUUUAUUGGCCAGCAGAAAAUGACGCACUAUGCGUGUUUACCAACCCCAACCCCAGCCUCCACAAUGAUGGUGGUGGCAGCAGUGGUGAUGAUGGUGGCAACAGCGACGCCAGCAACAUCCGUGGUGGUGAUGACAGCCACCCCACCAACCGCCGCCGCAGGCUGGAGACACUGCACCCUCGUCCUCCUUCGCACUGA